UUUAAUAUAAAUCUAACAUUCAAAGUUAAAAUAAAUAAAACAUUAACAAUAUACAAACCUUCAAACUUUCAGGCUUCCAUUAAAAACAAAAUAACACGUCAACAACAAAUCUAUGGAUCACACCGAGCAUCUAAUGACAGCGACGUCUGAGCCAGCGGAUCAUUUCAUCAGGACAGGCCGAGGUAACGCUGCUCUGUGUGCACAGUGAGCGCCGAGCGUCCACAGAGGCGGAGCUGAUCACCUCCGACAAACGUCGCUGCCAAACUAUAAAUACGUCAUAUCUUCAUACACAAACCACAUGUUUGAAUUCUAAAUGACUAAUUUCUCGCCUCAAAUGAUGUUAAAACUUUGUUCCGGGACACAGAAAAAUAUUUAUUUCAGAUUUAUAUUUCUAUUAUCUGCUGCUAUGCUCCGCCGAAAUGUAUUCUGGGAUACAUGGCCAUCCCAAGUACGCUUAAGUCUCCUCCGAUGCAUACUUGGUAAAGAUGGGUGGAGCGAGAACAUUUCUGGGUUUGAGAACCGUCCUCGCUGUUCGCGUACUUGAGAAUUGGAACAGAACUUGGACUGAGGCUGAUGACGUUUUCGCAAGUACGCACAAGUACGCACAAGUAUGGAUAUUGAGAAACGGAGAGGCACACCUACACAACCCCGCCCACUCGGGGUCGUCACAUUAGUAACAUGAGGCACUGGUGACAUCAAGUGACUGAAAGAAGAAACUGCAUGAAAACUCACUCACUCAUCUUCUACCACUUUAUCCUCCACAUGAGGGUCGUCAGAAUAGAAGAAUAGAAUAGAAUAUAUACUUUAUUAAUCCCCUUAGGGAAAUUAUUUCUCUGCAUUUGACCCAUCCUAGAAUUAGGAGCAGUGGGCUGCCACACUUAGUAGCGCCCGGGGAGCAAUGGGGGUUGGGUACCUUGCUCAGGGGUACCCCACUGCCUUGAACCGGCGACCUUCUGUUUACAAGCCAAGUUCCCUUUCCACUUGGCCACAGGCUGCCAAUCCCAGCUGAUAAAGGGUGAAAGGCGGGGUCACACCCUGGACAGGUCAACAGUCCAGUCCAUCACAGGGACACAGAGACAAACAACCAUCCACUCUCACACUCAAUUUAGUGUCCAAUUUUGCCUAAUCCCCAAAUCUGUGUGUUUUUGGACUGUGGGAGGAAACCAGAGAACCCAGAGAACUAGGAAAUUCUGACCUCUGAUUUUGUCGUUGAACGGAGCAUAAGAUCUGCUCCAGGAAAAUGUAAUCACUCAAGAUACAAUUUAUGGAAGAAGAUGGAUCUUCCAAAUGUUGUUUAUUUCACAGAAAAGCCUAUAGGCCGACAUGUGUUUCCUUGUUAUUUCUUUCAAAUGAUUGCGUUUGCUGUAACGUUACUGUGCGAUAGUCACGAGAAGUUGCAGAACUGAAUGAUAAUCCUGAAUCUGUGAUCAAGUGUUGCUUGUUUCAUGGUUGACAAAAAUACAUUGUCAAAAUCGUUGUGCUGAUAUUAUCAAGUUAGCUCAAAGUUUCUCGUUGCACCUUCUCCAAACCUGGCGCUAACGUUACCUCCGUUUUGCUGUAUGCUGAGAAACGGCACAGCAGGAUAGCGGAGUUUAGCGCGCCGCAUCACCUGCAUCAACUGGUAACGUUACGUACAUCUGGAUGAUAUGUACAUGUAUGUAGCGAAGGUUCGUGAUUUAUUUUCAUAAAUAGGUGUGUGAUUGACCUGAAGCGUCCACAGUACAAAAUAAUAUAAUGUUAUUUUCUAAAGAGACAAGACUGAGCCCACUCUCCACAUCUCCUCGUUAAAAAAUAAAUAAAUUCAGCAGUGGCGCCCCGCUGUUUGUUCUGAAACUUUAGGGUUUCAUAAACGAGGUAAUGACGCAGAUACACACACAAACACAGCGUUAAUUGGAGCUUCCGGUCUAUGUGGCCUUUAACACAGAUUAUAGCUAUUGCUACUUUCACACUCCUGUUUCAAACGUAGGCCUUUAAUAAUCCAGAUAUGUGACUUCAUCUCACUUUUUCAGACGUUUUCAAACUCGCUGCCAGUUUCUCUUGUCAUGCAACAAUGUUAAAAAUGAGGACACAACACACCUCAAACACAUCAAACCACUCUUCCUCCUCCUGGAAUGAAGCAAAACCCGCUAACACUCCCUCUUUAUUCUGAUCUCAAACUCGACAACAUUUAAUCGAACUGAGCAGGCUACUAGAACGAGCAGAUUCACUGCAGAGACGACAAAUGGCUCAGACAAGAUAUCAGAUGGAGAGAAACAGACUCUGCUGCUCGAUUUGUUUGGAUCUACUAAAGAAUCCAGUGACUGUUUCUUGUGGACACAACUACUGUAUGGACUGUAUUAACAACCACUGGGAAAGGGACGAUGAGAGGAGGAUCUACAGCUGUCCUCUGUGUAGAGAGACCUUCAGAUGGAGGCCUAUACUGAUGAAAAACACCAUGUUAGCCUAUUUAGUGGAGGAGCUGAAGAAGACUCAAGUCCACGCUGCUUAUCAAUGCUCUGCUGGAGUUGAAGAUGUGGCCUGUGAUUUCUGCACUGACAGGAAAUGUAAAGCUCUCAAGUCCUGUUUGGAUUGUUUGGCCUCUUACUGUGAGGAACAUCUCCAGCCUCAUCAUCAAUCACCUGCAUUAAAGAAACACAAGCUGGUGGAGCCCUCCAACGACCUCCAGAACAUCUGCCCUCGUCACAAUAAGGUGAUGAAUAUGUUCUGCCGCACUGAUCAGCAGUGUAUCUGUUGUCUCUGCUCUGUGGAAGAACAUAAAGACCACGACACGGUCUUGGCUGCAGUAGAGAGGACGCAGAGGCAGAGAGAGCUGGAUCUGAGUCUAGAAGAAGUCCAGCAGAGACUCCAGGACAGAGACAAAGACGAGAAGGUGCUGGAUCAGGAGGUGAACGCCCUCAAUCUCUCUGCUGAUAAAGCUGAGAAGGACACUGACAAGAUCUUCACUGAGAUGAUGAAUCUCCUGCAGAAAAGACUCUCUAAGAUGAAGCAGCACAUCAGAUCCCAGCAGGAAACUCAAGUGAGUCGAGUCAAAGAUGUUCAGAAGAAGCUUCAGCAGGAGAUCACUGAGCUGAAGAAGAGAGAAGCUGAACUGAAGAAGCUCUCACUCACACACAAUCACACCCAGUUUCUCCUCAACUCCCGCUCAGUGUCAGCACUCCAUCCAUCUACACACUCGUCCACCAUCAACAUCCAACCUCCCACAUACUUUGAGGAGGUGACAGCAGCUGUGGCAAAGAUCAGAGGUCAACUGCAGUACGUUCUGACUGAGACGUGGACAAACAUCUACAAACACUUCCUGACAGAAACAGAACCAAAGACCAGAGCUGAAUUCCUCAGAUAUUCACAGGAACUCACACUGGAUCCAAACACAGUAAACACAAAGCUGUUCUUAUCUGGGGGAAACAGAAAAGUAACAUUCACGAUGGAAGAUCAGUCUUAUCCUCGUCACACAGACAGAUUCACUGAUUUUCGUCAGGUCCUGAGUAAAGAGAGUCUGACUGGACGUUGUUACUGGGAGGUUGAGUGGACAGUAUUAGGAGUUGGUGUAGCAGUGACGUACAAGAACAUCAGCAGGUCAGGAGACUCACGAGAAUGUAAAUUUGGAUUCAAUGACAAAUCUUGGGUUUUAGAUUGUUCCUCGUACAGUUGUGAGUUUUAUCACGAAGGGAUCAAGACUAGAGUCCCAGAUGGUUCAUCCUCCAUAGUAGGAGUUUACUUGGACCACAGAGCAGGUCUUCUGUCCUUCUACAGAGUAUCUGACACCAUGACUCUCCUGCACAGAGUCCAGACCACGUUCACUCAGCCUCUCUAUGCUGGAGUCAAGAUUCAUUAUUAUGGCGACACAGCAGAGUUCUGUAAACUCAAAUAAGUCUUGAGUUAUUUAAAGAGACAGUGAGUUAAACUCAUUUUAAACAUUUUAAAGAAGUAAUGUUGAUUCUUCUUUUAAUGAAUGUACAUUUCGUGACAUCAGCAGAACAGGAGACUCAGGUGAAAGUGAAUUUGGAUUAAAUGAGACAUUUUGGGUCCAGAGAGAAAAUCAGUGAUGUUAUCUCACGAGGGGACAGGAGCUCCAGUUAUAUAUUAUGUUAUAUUAUUAAUCGCAUAUAUAUUGAGUUUUAUUCUACUUAACUGUUUUUAUUUGUAUUUUAGAUUUACCUAAUCACACUAGACAUUCCACUAUAUUCAUUGAAGAAGUUUGCCAUACUUUUCUUGUCUUUGAUCAGUUGAGUAAUGUUGUACCUACUCUCUUUGUCGUGACAUAAUUGUUGUGUUUGAAACUUGUAUGACUUCAGUUAUGAUGAUUUAUUGGGUGUAUUUUCUUGUUUUGGGAUUCCACCUGCACAUAUCUCCAUUAUGGGUUUGUUUUUUCUUGUAUUUUAAGCACAUAUUUCUAGACCUGAAACGAUUAAUCGAUUUUUAAUCGAUUACUAAAUUAAUCGACAACUAUUUUGAUAAUCGACAAUCGGUUUGAAGGUUUUUUAUAUGAUUAAAACAAGAUUUCUACUGAAGGAUCCGGUGACUGUUCUCUGUAGACACUACUAUAUGAACGGUAGGAGGAUCUACAGCUGUCCUCUGUGUAGACCUUCAGACUAGUGAUGCGCGGGCCGACCUGUAACAUAGGACUGGGCGAUAUGGACUAAAAGUCAUAUCUCGAUAUUUUUUAGCUGAAUGUCAAUACUCGAUAUACAUCUCGAUAUUUUUUCUGUGAUGUAAUUGGGGUUUCCCCCAAAGCAUUGUAGCAUAUAAGAUAAAACGUUUUCCAGAGGCAAACCCUUUAAAAAAAUAAACAAACAAUCCAUUAUAAGUUUAAGCCAAAUGCCAAAUGUCAGAGGUCACUGAAAUAAAAAUGCUCCUUGAAAAAAUAAAACUAAUCUCUUUCCUGCAUGACAAUAAUAUACAGUAAUUCAUUCAAAAAUACAAUACUGUUACAAUUUUAACAGAAAUAAAAAUGGACUUAAUAAAAUUGGAACAAACAUGACUAAUAAAAUAAAAAUUGUAUCUGUGAAAAUUAAUGCUGAAUUGGGUUUGAACAAUUUUCUCAAUUAUUUCAUAUAGAUAUUUAACACAGCUUAUUGAUAUGAUAAUUAAAUAAUGUCCUAUAUUUUAUUAUCAAUAUUGACAACUUCGGGCUUCCAUAUGUCCAAAAGUGACUGACAGUAAUGGAAAAUAAGUCAAAACUCUAUAGUGUGUGAAGUAUGAACCAGCUAGUUCCCGCCUCCUCAGCACAAGCUGAAUGAUAAAUCUAACACACCAAGAGAGGCGGGACUUAAGACAGAACAGCCAAUCAUCAGCCGGUGCCAUGUUUGAGGCAACGACAGGAGAGGGAGGGGGAGAGGAGGCAGCCGCAGCCGCAGCGAGCGCAGAAAUGGAGCGACUGUAGUGAGGCGUUUGUGCAAAACUGAGGCAAAACUGCAGAAAAAGUGUGGGUGUUGAACCCUCUCACCGGGAAAAGUGUGGGUGUUAAAACACCCACAUCCCCCACGGGUGCGAUGCCCCUGUGUGCGUGUGUGUGUAAGGACUCAGGGAGAGGGAGAGGAGAAAUAGGUGCGAACUUGCGGCCCAUAUAUUGUCAUUUAAACGCAAAAUGAACUAUAUCGAUACAAGCGAUAUUGUCCCGUGUUAUAUCUUGUUUAGAAAUAUAUUGAUGUAU